GGGCGUACAGCUAAACCGGUCAAUCCGGAGCGCCGCGCGGCUCCACGUGACGCGUUGCCGGGCAGCGGGACGCCGCGCAGCGCGGGGCCAUGGCCGCCCGAGGGGGGAAGAAGGAACCGCCGGACGCGGUGCACCUGAACCGGCUGCUGUACGAGCGCGUGCGCAAGGAGCUGCGCUGCCAGCGGCUGCACACCGAGCACAGCAUCAACCCGCUGAGACCCGUUCACGCAGUCACUCAGAAGCCCAUGUCCUGGCACGACAACAUCGAGGAGCCUGCGGAUGGUGAGGGAAAUGACCCCUGCCCUCCGACUGCUGGUGCUGGGGGUGGAUCGGUAGUCUCAUUCUGACACACGGCCCCAGACUGACGUGGACCGCACUGAUCGCAGACUCUUCUUCCCACGCCGGAGAACUGAGAUCACAAUGCACAGUGCUGCCGGGGGGCACCCAAAGAAGCAGUAGGAGAAGCUGCAGUAGUAGAGUGGCAGAGCCACACAGCAUAGAAUGAAAUAGCCAAUGCCUGCUAAUGCGUUAGGCCAGGGUUGUUAUUAGGUAAGGAAUCUGGAUUUUUGGCAAGAGAAGAUUGAAAAAAAAAAAGUGAGGAUAGAAUCCGAAUCUGUCCAGAUUUGCAGCCUUACAGAAAUAAAACUAUUUGUAAGA